AUAUUGACCACGACCAUAACUACGGUCAUAUUUGUUUAUGUUUCGUGCGUUCGAGUGAUUGUUUUUAUUUUCUGAAGGCUUUUGGAUUCUGUAGUGUGUUGAAAUAGUAAUAUUUCCUGCAAAGUGUUUAGAAAAAUGCCUAAGAACGAAGGUAAUAAAGGUUACAAGGAAAGAGACCAAUUGUAUCGCUUGAUAAUCAGCCAAUUAUUUUAUGAUGGGCACCAGACUUUGGCUGUUAGUUUAUCUAAUUUAAUUAAAUGUCAACCUCCGUGUCCACCUUCAGAUCGACUUUUUAAUCUUGUUGCUCUUGGAAUCAGGACUGAACUGGACAACAAAGAACAUGAUGCUAUGCGAGCAGAUACAACAACUGUUGGUAUUGGCAUAGAUCUGGAAUAUGAAACAGAGGCUCCAUCUUUGGCUCCUGAACCAGCUUUAUAUGAAACUUGUUAUGUUACAUCUCACAAAGCACAGUGUCGUGCUGGAGCAUUUAGUGCUGAUGGCCAACUUGUUGCUACUGGUUCCUUUGACGCUUCUAUCAAAAUUUUAGAUGUUGAUCGUAUGCUUGCAAAAAGUGCAACACCAGCUGAUGUUGCUGCACAAGAAACUACACAGCAAAAUAUGGAAACUCACCCAGUUAUACGAACUUUAUAUGAUCAUCUUGAGGAGGUUACCUGCUUAGAAUUCCAUCCUACAGAACAAAUUCUAGUCUCUGGGAGUAGAGAUUACACUAUUAAAUUUUUUGAUUACUCAAAACCAUCUGUGAAACGUGCCUUUAGAACCAUUCACGAAGCCCAUGUUGUAAGAUGUUUAUCUUUGCAUCCAUCUGGUGAUUAUAUUUUAGUAGGAACACAGCAUCCGGUUCUUCGUUUAUAUGAUGUACGAACUAGUCAGUGUUUUGUUAGUGACCAGCCUGAUGAUCAACAUAAAGCACCUGUAACAAUGGUCAGAUAUAGCCCAAAUGCAAACAUGUAUGCUACAUGUUCAAAAGAUGGUGAUGUCAAAUUAUGGGAUGGUGUGAGUAAUAGGUGCUUCAAUACUUUUCCAGGUGCUCAUGAUGGAUCUGAAAUAUGUUCUGUUCAGUUUUCUCGGAAUUCUAAAUAUCUUCUAACUAGUGGAAAGGAUUCCAUGGUUCGAUUAUGGGAAUUAUCUAUGGCCAGAUGUCUUAUACAGUAUACUGGUGCAGGUUCCACAGGAAAGCAGAUUCAUCGAAGUCAGGCUGUUUUUAACCAUACCGAAGAUUAUGUUCUUUUCCCGGAUGAAAAAACAACUAGUCUCUGUAGUUGGGAUGCAAGAAAUGCUGAAAGACAGCGAUUAUUAUCUCUUGGACACAACAAUACUGUUCGUUAUAUUGUUCAUUCACCAACUGGACCUUCAUUUGUAACUUGCAGUGAUGAUUUCCGAGCACGAUUUUGGCAUAGACGAACAGAAUCAGCAGAAUAGUUGCCAUUACUCAUUUUUUCUAUUUUUUUAUGUCAUUUUUAGGCCAUUUAAUAAAACUUCAUAAAGUUUUUGCUGUAUAUUUGGCACAUUGUUUACUAUCCAUGAAUGUUGAUCACUCAUAAUUGAAGCUUUUUUGUAUGACAAUUAAGUAAAUAAACCUCAAUAUGUCUUGUAA